AUGGCGUCGACCACCGAGACCGCCGGAUCCUACAAACCGUACCGGCUCAAGCACACCCUCUCCGGCCACAAACGUGCUGUCUCCGGCGUCAAAUUCUCCGACGACGGCCGCCUACUCGCCUCCUGUUCUGCCGACAAGACCGCUCGCACUUACUCCCUCUCCUCCCCCGACACAGUCCACAACGAGUUCCAUGGCCACGAGCUCGGAAUCUCCGACCUAUCCUUCUCAUCCGACGGUCGUUUCCUCGCCACCGCCUCCGACGACCGCACCGUCCGCCUCUGGGACGUCGCUACCGGCUCCCUAAUNAAAACCCUAGACGGCCACACCAACUACGUCUUCUGUGUCAAUUUCAACCCCCAGUCGAACAUGCUCGCCUCCGGCUCCUUUGACGAGACCGUCCGUGUUUGGGAUGUCAAGUCCGGCAAGUGCCUCAAGGUGCUGCCCGCGCAUUCGGACCCUGUGACUGCCGUCCAUUUCAAUCUGGACGGUUCCAUGAUCGUCUCCAGCAGCUACGAUGGGCUUUGCAGGGUUUGGGAUGCCUCCACUGGGCAUUGUAUGAAGACGCUCAUCGAGGAGGAGCACCCGCCCGUUAGCUUUGCCAAGUUCUCGCCCAAUGGGAAGUUUCUUCUUGUUGGGACUCUUGAUAAUACUCUGCGGCUGUGGAGUUUUUCGUCUGGGAAAUUUCUGAAAACCUACACGGGGCAUGCCAACUCCAAGUACUGCAUUUCAUCGACUUUCUCCAUAACGAAUGGGAAAUACAUUGUGAGUGGGUCAGAGGACAACUGCGUGUACUUAUGGGAGCUCCAGUCCCGGAAAAUAGUACAAAAGCUUGAAGGUCACACGGAUGCAGUAUUAACGGUUGCAUGUCAUCCGACUCAAAACAUGAUAGCAUCUGGAGCUCUUGGAAAUGACAAGACGGUUAGAAUUUGGACCCAAGAAGAGGAUUGA